AGGGAAGCAGGAAAAAAGGUUCUGCACUUUCCAGCAUCGAGUCCUGCAAGGCUGACCUUGGCCACGUUCUGCCAGAAGUGGCUGUCUCUUUGGCUUGUGGUAUCCUGGCUGUUGAGAGCUCCAGGUGCCCUGAAGCGUUCUGCUGUGGCGGAGGGAGCUGCUGCCAGGCUACAGAAGAAAACUAAAGAGAGAGGAAAGGAUCAUGUUUUUGCACAGAGGUGGGGGCGAGAGGUGACAGAGCUUCUGAAGACAAAUCCUCAAGCGCAGCAAGGAGAUGAAAAGAAAAGAAAAACAGAAUGGAUCUCAUCUAAGCUGUGCUAUUGGUUUUGUUUCAGGGCCUUUAUAAAUCAUACCUGGGCUAUCCAAGAAGUGGGAGGUUUUUAAAAAACCUUCUACAACUUUUUGCUGGGACAAAGCUAUUGCACUGGAAUUGAGCAGGCAUACAAGCUCAUCGCCCUACCAGUGAGAUGACUGAAAAAAGCUGAGUGCUUUACUUUCGUGAAUUUCCCUUCUUUCCUUAUUGACAAGCGGUACCUUCCAGCAUGCUGCCUUUAAGCCUUCAAAUGUUUUCCAUAUGUUUCCAGCUGCUAAGCCUUUCCUGUCAAGCCCAGGGGGAGAAUCAAUCGUCUCCUAAUUUUAACCAGUACGUGAGGGACCAGGGCGCCAUGACAGACCAGCUGAGUCGGAGGCAGAUCAGGGAGUACCAGCUGUACAGCCGGACCAGCGGGAAGCAUGUCCAGGUGAACGGCAAAAGGAUCAUUGCCACAGCUGAAGAUGGCAACAAGUUUGCAAAACUGAUUGUUGAAACAGACACUUUUGGGAGCCGAGUGCGCAUCAAAGGAGCUGAGAGUGAGACGUACAUCUGCAUGAACAAGAAAGGGAAGCUCAUUGGCAAAAUGAAUGGUGAGAGCAAGGACUGUGUCUUCACUGAGAUCGUUCUAGAGAACAACUACACCGCUUUCCAGAAUGCCCGUCAUGAGGGUUGGUGCAUGGCGUUCACCCGCAAGGGCCGGCCCCGCAAGGCCUCCCGGAGCCGGCAAAACCAGCGUGAGGCUCACUUCAUCAAGCGCCUCUACCAAGGCCAGUUGCCAUUCCCCAACAAUCCCCAGCGCCAGAAGCAGUUUGAGUUUGUGAGUUCUUCCUCCCCAACUCGCAAAACAAAGCGCACCCGUGGACCUCAUGCUCGAGCCUAAGGCUUUGCUAGCCCCUCCUGCAGUUUUGUGUGUUGGCUCUCUCUCUGUUGCUGAGUGCCAGGGGCUGCAUGUCAGACCAUGCCACCUGGGUCCCUGUCACAACUGACUGACUUUUCUAGCUCCACAUUUUAAAAACACUUUUAUAUUUUGGUUCUAGUUGGCACAAAGGAAAAAAAAUGUCAAGCUGAGCAAAAGAACAUCAGGUCUUGGAUACCUGGUGCAGACAAAAAGCCCAAGUUGCAUUUCCCUAUCCUGGGUGUUUGUGACUUUUGGACUUUGGGGGGUGAGGGACUAGUAGUGGCCAUUAACAAAAAGAAGAGACUGCUACCACCUCUGAUUGUAUGCUGAUGGCCCAGCAGUAGUUUGCUGCACAGACUGAAGUCCAGUUAUCAUGAGGCCAGCUAUAGAUCUUGUCUUUGCAAAGACAGACUUCCUGUAAGGGUAGAAUGAAAUCUGCAAGCUAAGCCUUGGAAAGCAGACAGUGGAGGUGGUGUAAUAGCUACAGGGUGAACGAUGACUAGCUCCCUGCUCUUCUAAACAGGCAGGAUUCAGUGGAGAAAGAAGAGGUGUCUUUCUGGCCCAAGUUUCAAGGGAGGAGCAGUGGAGAAUCACAUUCAGCCCUUUUUUUUCCUACAUAAGGCAUCUUGGCACUGAACAUGAGUCACACUGUGGGGAAAGCUUGUCCCCCUGUUUUGGAAGAGAAGUCCUCAGCACUUGUUCUCAUGCUAGCUGGACUGUUGCAAUAGCCUUCUUGGGUUAUUUAUUUGAUGCUGACAUGCUGCCUUGUGUCUAGUUCUUCCCAGUAGAACACUGGAAUCCCAGGUGGCUGCCAUGAAACAGCUGCUUCAGGUGGCAGAUUGUUGACAAAAUAAAGAGUAGCAAAGCAUUCAGAAAAAUUCUCAGUAUAAUGUUUCCAGUGUCUACUUGAGAGAGUAGGUAAAAGUAGCCCCAUCGAAAGGCAAGACAAAUUGAUUUUGGAAGUCAUUCAAGGGUGGCAGAGCAGAAGACUGUGACCCGUUGUGGACACAGUCCAUUGGAAGGUUCUUUUGCAUAAACCUUAUUUAGAUGAAUCUCAUGGAGUAUGUACGUGGAAUAGAUUAUGCUCCCAAGAAUUUAUAGGAGUGGAGAGUCUGGGUUUUCCAUUUUCAGCAACAUGGUGUCUUGUGCUACCCCACAAGAGUGUUGGCCUGUUGUGAGUCACCUCUUCAGGAAACACCUGCCCAAAGAUCUCCAGUCUUGUGAAAAGGCAGCCCAAAUUACCUGCAUUUUAGAGAAAAAAGUUAUUCUUAGGAUUGUGUCUUCUGGGCACAGUUGCUUUCUUAAAAUGGUAAUUGCAGCUAUUUUAGAACUAACCAUUAGGAUUUUGUUAAAAUAAAAAAAAUCCUUAAGAA